AUGAUGGAUGGAGCAAGAGUUUUCCUCACCAUUCAGAAGGUGUACUACCCGCUGCUGUGCAUUCUGGGUAUUCCAGCCAACCUCUUCACCUUAUACAUGCUGUGUUGGCGAGUGUGUGGUAUGUCAGACUCGGCACGUGUGUACCUAAGCUUCUUGGCGGUGGUGGACACGUGCUACCUGCUGUGGGUGACGCUGCUGGACCUGAGCCUGGUGUUCCUGCAGCCACAGCCCUUUUGGCACGCUCACCCAUGGUGCAGUGUCCUAAACUUCCUGCAGUUCGGUAUGUUCUACGCCUCGGCCUGGCUCGUCGUGGCCUUCACCAUUGAGCGCUACCUGGUGUUCAGAGUGAUGGUGAUCCGACAGCGCCACCUGCAGGUCAGACACGCCCUCCUCACUUGCACUGCCAUCAUCCUGCUCUCACACCUGGCCUCCAUCCCUCUCAGCUGGAUCAACACUGUGGUGCAGGUGAAUCUGACCCGGAACGGACAGAUGGUUACGGUUCCGCGUUGUCUUUACCGAGACGCCUUAUACUCCACGGUGGUGGUCUGGGUGACGUCCUUCCUGUCCAGCGGAGUUCCCAUCGUCCUUGUCAUCAUCUUUAACUCUCUCAUCUCGUACCAGCUGCUGGGCUCCGGUCGUCUCUUCACUAAAGAGGAGCGCCAGACGAUCCGGGCUUCUCGGACCCGAGGUUCCACCCGCAGGACGCUGCUGCUGCUCGGGAUCGUCUCGAUUGCAUUUGUGGUUCUCAGUUUGCCGCGUUUCAUCACCUACUGUAUCCUACGCACUAAACACAACCACAAACACUUCAACCGAGAUGACUACACUAUCCCCAUCAAUGUCAUGGGCGAUGUGGCCAACAUGCUGCACAACCUCAACUCUGGCACCAACUUCAUCCUGUACUGUGUGGUGAGCCGCAGGUUCCGGCAUGAGAUCGUCAACACGUUUCGGGGCCGACUCCGAGCCCGAGAAUUCGGUUCCUUAUUCACACAAACCACCAUGAAGAUCUUCUCUGUGGCUGAACGUAGAGAAGCAUCAGUCCAAGACCCCGUUUCCAUCAUUCUAACCAAACUGAGACACUUGGAGGCUCCGGCAGUUCAGAGCAGCAGGAACUCAGAUGGUUCCAACGCGUUCUGGACCCUGAGACACUUCUGA